AUGUCGGGCACAACGAUUGACGAUGUCGUGAAACGACUGAGCACUCCGGAAACGGAGACGAAGAUCAAGGUCGAAGCUGCUACAACGCUUCGCGACAGUCUGGAUCACUACACGGCCGGUCCUAUCUAUGCGCCGUUUCUUAAGAAGCUAAUGCCCAUCUUCAUCAACAUUCUCAAAGGACCAUGCAUCUUCCAAAGCAACUCUCCAGAGCAGAAACUCCGAAACUGUAUACUGGAGGUUCUUCACCGUCUACCAACACAUCCCUCUCCAACCGAGCCUUUCGAGCCCUUCGCCGAAGAGAUCGUCGACCUUUUGAUGCAUCUCGUACGAACAGACAACGAGGAGAACGCGACAUUAUGCGUCAAAAUCACAUCGGAUAUCAUGCGCCAUCAACAUAAGAUGCUGGCUCAGAAAGUCCAGCCAUUCCUGACCCUCAUUCAAGAGCUUUUUGAGCAGAUGGAGAAGGUCGUGCGCGAGCAGCUGGACAACACGUCAAUGUCGACAAACAACGCCUCUGGCGCCCCCUCAACCCCUGGCUCUUCCCAAACCAACUUCCAAUCUCCUCGGCCAGGCUCACCUGUGGCAUCCGUGACGGACCUUGGACCCGAUCCCCAACAGCAGAAUCGAUUGCUCCUGAAGGGCAUGUCCUCGUUCAAGGUCUUAUCAGAAUGCCCGAUCAUUGUGGUUUCGAUCUUCCAGGUCUACAGAAAUACGGUCGGAUCCAACGUCAAGCUCUUCGUGCCCCUGAUCAAGGGUGUUCUAUGCCUGCAAGCUAGCGCCCAACGACAAGCACACGCUGAUGCGAAGGCCAAAGGUCAAAUAUUUACAGGUGUCAGCCCCCUGAUCAAGAAUAGGGCAGCGUUUGGGGAGUUCAUCACUGCUCAGGUCAAGACCAUGAGCUUCCUGGCCUACCUCCUGCGGCAAUACUCGCAACAACUGCAAGACUUUCUUCCGACCUUGCCGGAAAUUGUUGUCAGACUGCUGAAGGACUGUCCACGGGAGAAAUCGAGCACGCGUAAGGAGCUUUUGGUUGCCAUCCGCCACAUCAUCAACUUCAACUUCCGCAAAAUCUUUCUCUCCAAGAUUGACGAGCUUCUCGACGAGAAGACAUUGAUUGGCGACGGCUUAACGGUAUACGAGACGAUGAGACCGCUUGCUUAUAGCAUGCUGGCUGAUCUCAUCCAUCAUGUGCGGGACCAGCUCAGCCCAGAGCAGAUUCGGAAGACAGUCGAGGUGUAUACCAAGAACCUCCAGGAUAAUUUCCCCGGCACGAGCUUCCAGACUAUGAGCGCCAAGCUCCUCCUCAACAUGGCGGAGUGCAUCGCGAAGAUGCAAGACAAGGUUGACGCUCGACACUAUCUCAUGAUGAUUUUGAGUGCCAUCGGAGACAAAUUCAAGGCCAUGAACACGCAGUACCCCAAUGCGGUGAAGCUGUCCAAGUUGUACAAGCAACAGGCUGCCGAGGGAACUGCCGACAGUUACCUUGCUGACAAGGAACACCCGCCUGACUGGGAUGAGACUGAUAUCUUCACGGCAAUGCCCAUCAAGCCUACGAACCCGAGAGACAGAGGUCUGGAUCCUGUUGCCGACAAUAAGUUCUUGUUUAAGAACCUCAUGAACGGUCUGAAGAACACCUUUUACCAGCUUCGCACAUGUAAUGCUGGCACCAACGUGAACCUUCAGAAUGCCCCGGCGCAAUGGCAAGAGGUGGCCUAUGGUUUCACGGCGGAAGAGGUCAAGGUUAUUGUCAAACUCUUCAGGGAAGGUGCCUAUGUCUUCCGCUACUACGAAAUUGAGAAGCCUGCUAGUGAAUCUCAGUACAUGUCUCCCGUGGAGUACAUGGCCAACUUUUACAUGGUCUCGAGCAGUAAGGAGGAGAAAGACCUGUUGGAAACAUUCGCUACAGUGUUUCACUGCAUCGAUCCUGCGACAUUUCAUGAAGUCUUUCAGCAGGAGAUCCCUCAUCUGUACGACAUGAUCUUCGAGCACACUGCCCUGCUGCACAUACCACAGUUCUUCCUUGCCAGCGAAGCUACGUCGCCAAGCUUCUGUGGCAUGCUGCUGCGUUUCCUGAUGGACAGGAUUGACCAGGUUGGGUCGGCAGACGUGAAGCGAUCGUCCAUCCUGCUCCGGCUUUUCAAACUAGCCUUUAUGGCAGUCACUCUCUUCGCCAACCAGAACGAGCAGGUCUUGCUUCCGCAUGUGGUGGACAUCGUGACAAAGUCUAUCGAUUUGUCUACCCGGGCAGAGGAGCCUAUGAACUACUUCCUGCUCCUGCGCUCCCUUUUCCGAAGCAUCGGUGGAGGCAAGUUUGAGCAUCUCUAUAAGCAGAUUCUCCCACUCCUCGAAAUGCUCUUGGACGUACUCAACACAUUGCUCAUGGCUGCGCGCAAGCAAACCGAGCGUGAUCUCUAUGUUGAGCUGUGCUUGACCGUUCCUGCUCGGUUGAGCAACCUUCUGCCACAUCUCAGCUUCCUCAUGCGACCAUUGGUCGUUGCAUUGCGCGCGGGAACUGAUUUGGUAGGUCAAGGACUCCGGACCUUGGAGCUUUGCGUCGACAACCUAACGGCCGACUACCUGGACCCCAUUAUGGCACCAGUCAUUGAUGAACUCAUGACGGCUUUGUUCGACCACCUUCGUCCGCAUCCCUACAGCCACUUCCAUGCGCACACGACGAUGCGUAUUUUAGGAAAGCUCGGUGGCCGAAAUCGAAAGUACAUCACCGGUCCUCAGCCGCUGAGCUUUGAGGAAUUCGCCGACGAUGCGACUAGCUUCGACCUGAGGCUUGUGGGCUCAAAGAAAGAUAGAGCUUUUCCAGCGGAGUUGGGCGUUGAUUUGUCCAUCCGCAAGCUGAUGGAGGUGCCCAAACCUAGCAAAGCCAACCAAUCCCGCCAAUUCGAUGGCUACUACAAGAAACAGUCUUUCCACUUCAUCAAGUCCCAACUGAAGCUUAGGAUCGGUUUUGACAACCUCCCGGAUGACCUGCCAAGACUUCUCCGCCUGCAGGCGCAGGACCUUCUGUCCAGAAAAAUCGAAGUCGACCUAUCAGCAUUUGAUGCUUCCGACAGGGAUCGUUCCAUCGCCAAGAAGGAUCAACAGGAUGAGCUUGUGAGGCGUCUGCUGAAGGCAGUCAUGUUUGCUGAGUCUCUCCCAGAAUUCAAGGAUGAGGCGGCGUCGUUUCUCACGAACGUUGCAAGGCACUUCACUAUUGUCGACAUUGGGCGGUCAGUCGUCGAUGUCAAGCACACCUACAGCCAAUUCAACCCCACGGCUGGCGAGGGGCCCCUAUACAUCGACACCAGGGUCUUUUCUGACGCCAUCGUCGAGUCACUAUCGUCCGAACACCCUGAUGUGCGAGAUUCUGCGCGGAGAGUCAUCCGCGAGAUCUACAAUACGGCAUCGACAAUCUUUGGCUCAGCACAAUCGGCCGCCCGUCUGCCGUUCUUCGGCAAUCUCAGCACGACAUUUUGCCAUGCGUGCUACGAAGAAGAAUGGUUCACGAAAGCCGGUGGCACCCUCGGCGUCAAUUUUCUUCUCACAGAGUUGGAGCUGGGCGAUCAGUGGGCAAUCAGCAAGCAGACAGACUUCAUCAGGGCGCUCAUGUAUGUCGUCAAGGACAUGCCCCAGGACUUGCCCGAGAAGACAAGAUCAUCUGCCCAGCUCACACUCGAGAUUCUCCUGAAGAAAGUUACCAAGAACGCCAAGAAGGAAGACGCUUUGCCAUCAACUACACCCGGUCAAGCUCCGCAGCGGCACCGACUGGCUCAGAUCUGCAUGCAUUUCAAUAACGAGCUUGCACACAUGAAUCGUCAUGUGCGCGAGACGGCAAAGAGAUCACUGGAGCUUAUCGCCAAGGCAGCCAGUUGUGAGGUUUGGGAAUUGAUUGAGCCGUACAAGGAGCGCUUCCUACAGCCGAUCUAUUCCAAACCCCUGCGUGCUCUGCCGUUCCCUGUUCAGAUCGGGUACAUCGACGCGAUGACCUACCACAUGACACUCAAGCACGACUGGGUUACUUUCGAUGAACACCUCAAUCGUCUGCUCAUGGAGUCCCUUGCCUUGGCGGAUGCCAGCGACGAAUCACUCGCGAAUAAGCCAGCGGAGUUCCGUACUCAUGACUAUAUUGUCAACCUCCGCGUAGCAUGCAUCAAGAUGUUGAGCACUGCCAUGAGCUUUGAUGAGUUUGCCAAAGGCACAAACAUGGCGGCCACGCGAGCCAAGAUUGUCUCCGUCUUUUUCAAGUCCCUUUACUCCGAGUCGCAGGCCACUAUUGAUGCCGCCAACGACGCCCUCAAGUCCGUACUACAACAGACCAACAAGCUGCCCAAGGAUCUCCUUCAAGGGGGACUGCGGCCUGUUCUCGCCAGCCUUCAAGAUCCUAAGAAGCUGACAUCCCAUGGUCUGGAUAAUUUGGCUCGUCUCUUGAAGCUUCUGACAACAUACUUCAAAGUUGAGAUCGGAAGUCGCCUUCUCGACCACGUCAAGAUUCUAGCGGAUCCAAACGUGCUGCAAGCGAUUUCCUUCACCUACUUUGAGCAACAUCCUCAGAUGAAGGUUGUCUCCGCGGUUUUCAAUAUUUUCCACCUUCUCCCUCCCGCUGCUGAGACCUUCAAGGAACGUCUGAUCGAUCUUGUUCUCGACCUCGAAGAGAAGCUGCGCCGCACUCACGUCAGCCCUUUCCGACCUCCGCUCUACAAGUAUCUCAACCGCUACCCGGCAGAAAUGUGGGCUUUCUUGAUGCCGAAGAUAGGCGAAGUCAAAUACGGUCGAUUCCUGGCUCAGGUUCUCUCCCAUCCCGACAGCGGACCCCUUCGCAAGGAAGCCGUGUCCGGCGUGGAUAACCUAGUCAAGGCUUGCAACGAGAUUGUCACGCAAGACAAGGAGACAAAGUUUGUGGCGAUCAUCAACACGAUCCAUGUUCUUGACUCUCUGGGUCAGUGGCCCGCGUGCGACGCUUGGAUGGACAAGAAGGAAAUCUUGACGUGGAUGAAGCAAGUGGGCAAAGAGCUUGAGGCACAGCUGCGCAAGUAUACACUGGCAGCUAACCUCCGCAUGCCGGCUGCUCAAGCUUCGGAGCAGCUCAUGAACAUUCUUCUCAAGUCUCUUGAAAGAAAUCCGAAGGAUUUGGAGUUACUGUUCAGCAUCGUCGAAGCGGUCACGUCCGAGGACUUCCGAGACCCUCAACCCCUCAUCGCUUAUGUGUACAAAAACAUCAUCAACAACGAUUCUGUUGAGAUUGGCGUCGCGGCAAUUUUGAAGUGUUUGGAGGCCUACUCUUCCCGCAAUAUUUCUCAGAAGAUGAAGUGCUUCUUGCUGCACAACAUUGUCAACCCCACCAUUGCAAUGGAUGUUCAGCGGCAUUGGAACUCCACACAACAGGGCCAGCCGCGCUUGAUAGAUCGAGCUGUCAUUGAUGCUGUGGUGGCAAAGGUCUGGAAGUCAAACCAAGAUACCAGCCAACAGGAUCACGACGACCUCGCUCAACCCGGCAUCGAUCAUACCAAGUUCGAAGUCCUGCAACUGUCCGCGCUGCUCUUGAAGUACCACUACCAGACGAUCCAGGAGACCAGGAAGGAUAUCAUCAAGAGCUGCUGGACCUUUAUCCGCCUGGAUGAUGUCAUCAACAAGCAUGCAGCUUAUGUGGUCAUUGGGUACUUCAUUGCGCUCUACGAUACGCCCAUCAAGAUCGUUACUCAGGUCUAUCUUUCGCUGUUGAAGGCCAACCAGAACGAGGGCCGGGCCCUGGUGACACAAGCCUUGGAGCUCGUGGCGCCUGUGCUCCCCAAGCGACUCAACACUCCGCAGAACGACCGAAACGCGGCUUGGGCUAUUGCACCGAGAAGAGUGCUGGCCGACGAAGGCCAGAAUGCGCAGCAAAUGACGAGCAUUUUCCACUUCCUCGUUCGACAUCCAGAACUGUUCUACGACUCCCGCGACAAGUACGCUAUGCUGAUCAUCACGUCGCUCAGAAAGGUUGCCGCACCUGCAACCGCGUCGAAUGAGUCAAAGAAGCUCGCCCUGAACAUGAUGUGGCUCAUCUGGCUUUGGGAACAGAGGAGAGUGGAAGGAAAGGGCGAUGCCCUGGCACGCUCUCAAUCACAGUCGCCAAACUCAAAGAAGAGGAAGCUCGACGGUGACCAGCCCAUGUCAUCACCUCCUUCUGUCAAGCAGCAACUCGCGCCCAAUGAUUAUCAGAUCCCUCCAGUUGGACGUCUCAAGAUGAUCCGCUAUCUGAUUGAGUUCAUUGCCCAGUUGAACGAACGGUAUCAGGUUCCAUCUGCCAAGUUCAAAGACUCGCCCACGUUGGCAGGUUUCGCCGCGCCUAGCGCAUCAUCAACUGAGCUCUGCAAGAAGUCCAUGUCACUUCUCUAUCAUCUGCUGCAGCCUCAAUACUGGAGUGAUCUCGAUAUCGACCUCUUUCCUCACGUCACCGAUGCCGUGCUCGCUAGCGACAGAACGCAAACUGUUCUCACGGCGGAUCCGAGCGACAAGGAGAAGUUUGAUAACAAGUUCAUCACCAACAUCAUCAACACUCUGCAAGUCGUGCGGAUCAUUCUCAAUGUCAAAUCAGACGACUGGGUCCAAAAGAACAUGUCCUCUAUACAGAAGGUUCUUGACAAGUGCUUGAAGAGCGAGAACCCGGAAAUCCAGGAUUGUCUCCACGCUGCGGAUCCUGAGAACGAUGACAAUCGGGAGCUCAAGGCUAUCGUCAAGCGCGUUUUGGAGGCUGUUCCCGAAGAUGUCCCCAUGGAAGAUGCUGAUGCCGACGGUGAGACAGAGGCGCAAACUUCAGAAAUCAUCCAAGCUCUUUCCACAACAGCUGGAGAAGCUAUGGCAGCAGGCAACUACACUUCUGGAGUCAACACCUUAUGGUCACUUGGCAACCGGAAGCCGACAAUCAUCGACCAGCACAUUGCCGUCCUCAUGAAGGCCCUUCAGAGUAAGCUUGCACGUGAGCAUGUUCAGCAUUACAGCAUCGUCGCGAAUCUGCAAGCCGGCGGAGCACCUCCUAAUAGGGGCCCGGACGCGCCACCGUCUGGCGAAAUGUCAACAUAUGACCUCGAGGUCUCAACAGCUCUCAUGCUCAAGGCAAUGCAGGUUGUCGCUCUCAGGAUGGAGGUCCUCGGUGACAACCGUCGCCCGUUCCUCAGUGUCCUGGCCACACUAGUUGAAAAGUCCAUGCACAUCCCCUUGUGCGAAGAGAUUCUCGUCAUGGUGGAGGGCUGGGUUUUCCGUUCCGAAGGCACGUGGCCGACUCUGAAGGAAAAGACCGCCGUUCUCCACAAGAUGCUCUCUUUCGAGCACCGACAAGAUCCCACCAUGCUCACAAAGUUCCUUGAGCUUGUGAUUAGGAUCUACGAGGAUCCAAAAAUCACCAGGACCGAGUUGACUGUGAGGAUGGAGCACGCUUUCCUCAUUGGUGCCAGAGCGCAGGAUGUUGAGAUGCGAAAUCGCUUCAUGGCCAUCUUUGACAAGAGUCUGUCCAAGACGGCAACUGCCCGCCUGUCGUACGUGCUCACGGCGCAGAACUGGGACACUCUUGCAGAUAGCUUCUGGCUUGCCCAGGCCUCGCAGCUUCUUCUGGGUGCUGUGGAGCUGAAUGCGGCUGCUCAACUACACGCCGAAGACUUCAGGACACUGCCGGCCAGCCAGUUGUGCAUGAUUUACGCCAAGGAUACCAGAGAGCCGGCAAACAUGGCGGACGACAAAUUCGACACCCUCAUUGCACAACAUCGUCGCUUCAUGAACGAAAUCGCCGAUGUCAAGGUCCGCGACCUCGUCGAGCCCCUCAGCCAGCUCCAGCACAUCGACAACACGUUGGCCCAUCAGCUUUGGGUUUCGGUUUUCCCAAUCUACUGGUCUGCGACGGCUAGGGAUGAGCGCAUUGAGCUUGAGCGUGGAAUUGUGACUCUCCUGACGAAGGAUUAUCACAGCCGUCAAAUCGACAAGCGGCCCAACGUCGUUCAGUCGCUGCUGGAGGGCGCUGCGAAGGCGUGGCCUAGCUGCAAGAUUCCGCCCCACGUGCUCAAGUACGAAGCCAAGACGUACGACACGUGGUACACGUCGCUUGUGCAGCUUGAGAAUGCAGCAAUCAAGCCGGAAAUGGAGUCUGCCAAGGUUCGUGAGAGCAACCUCGAUGCUCUUGUCGAUCUCUAUGCGUCAUUGCAGGAGGACGACCUCUUCUACGGAACGUGGAGACGCCGCUGCCAAUUUGUUGAGACAAACGCUGCCCUCUCUUAUGAGCAGAACGGCAUGUGGGAUAAGGCUCAAAAGAUGUAUGAAGCUGCACAGAUCAAGGCUCGAACUGGCGUCAUCCCUUUCUCGCAGGGAGAGUACAUGCUGUGGGAGGAUCAUUGGGUUCUCUGCGCCCAGAAACUCCAGCAAUGGGACAUCUUGCAAGACUUUGCCAAGCACGAAAACUUCCAAGACCUGCUCCUGGAGUGUGCCUGGCGCAACACGGAAAUGUGGCAGGACGGCAACCAGCGAGAUGCGUUGGACACUCUGAUCAAGGGCGUUAUGGACGCUCCUACUCCUCGCAGGGCGUUCUUCCAGUCAUUCAUGGCCCUGCUCAAGUUCCACAACAAGCUUGAGACGCACGCCGAGUUCGCCAAGUCUUGCGACGAAGCGAUCCAGCUGUCCAUCCGCAAGUGGCACCAGCUUCCUCAGCAGCUCACAAAAGCACACAUUCCGCUGCUGCAGAACUUCCAGCAGCUUGUUGAGCUGCACGACGCUCAAGUCAUCUGCCAGAGCUUGUCGAGCACCAAUCAGUCGAACCUUGACGUCAAGUCCGGCGAGCUUAAACUGCUGCUUGGCGCGUGGCGAGACCGCCUGCCCAAUGUAUGGGACGACAUCACAGCUUGGCAGGACCUUGUCACAUGGCGCCAGCAUAUUUUCGGGCUCAUCAACCAAACCUACUUGCAACUCCUCCCACAACAGGGUGGCAACCAGAACACUAACGGUGCUUCGUUCGCGUACCGCGGCUACCACGAGACGGCGUGGAUCAUCAACCGUUUCGCCCACGUUUCUCGCAAACACAACCUGCCCGACGUGUGCAUCAGCCAGCUGAGCAGGAUCUACACACUGCCCAAUAUCGAGAUUCAAGAGGCGUUCCUCAAGCUCCGCGAGCAAGCCAAAUGUCACUUUGAGAACCCUGAGGAGCUGACGAGUGGAUUGGAUGUCAUCAACAACACCAACCUCAACUACUUCAAUCCACCGCAGAAGGCCGAGUUCUACACACUCAAGGGCAUGUUCCUGGAGAAGCUCGGCCAAAAAGAGGAGGCUGACAGCGCGUACGGUACCGCCUUGUACUUCGAUAUCACCGCGGCCAAGGCGUGGGCUGAGUGGGGCUACUUCAACGAACGAAGGUUCAAAGCCGAUGCCAACGAUGUCAACUCGGCUCGUCAGGCUCUGACAAGCUACCUGCAAGCUGCAGGAAGCUACAAGAACGCCAAGUCGAGAAAGCUCCUUGCGCGGAUCCUGUGGCUCCUCAGCCUCGAUGAUGCCACGGGGACCAUCGCUGCUGGUUUCGACGACUUCAAGGGAGAAACACCGAUCUGGUACUGGAUCACGUACAUUCCCCAGCUGCUCACAGGUCUCGCCUACAAGGAGGGGCCCCGCGUCCACCAGAUCCUCACCAAGAUUGCCAAGUCGUACCCUCAAGCACUUUACUUCCAGCUCCGCACCAACAGGGAGGACAUGGCGGUCAUCAAGAAGAACCAAGAAGCCAAGGAACGGGCCCGCCAGCGCGCCCAGUCGGCUGCCUCGCAGCAGGCCAGCGCUUCUCCUCAGCUACCUAAGAAUGAGACCGUCUCGGGUGCUGCGUCAAGCUCGAGACCGGGCACCGCUAACGGCGACGGCGCUCUUGUUAAGACCGAGGGCGGUGACACCAAGUCAUCGUCGGUGCCACCAGCACCUGCAGACGGCGGCACGCCCGCACCAGCAGCAACCCCAGUGCCCGCUCCCACCCCUACGCCUGCACCGGCUUCUGUGCCGGUACCGGCGCAAGCGGCUCAAACUCAGAGUGACCAGCAGCAACAGCAGUCCGGGGCCGGCCAGAAGAAGCCGCCCUGGGAGCUGACCGAGGAGAUCAUGAGCCACUUGAAGUCUGCUUUCCCACUGUUGGCUCUGUCAAUGGAGACCAUGGUGGAUCAAAUCCAGAAGCACUUCAAGUGUCCUCCGGAUGAGGACGCGUAUCGACUGAUCGUGGCGCUGCUGAACGACGCUCUGGCCUAUGUGAGCCGUAUGCCUUCAUCAUUUGCCAAGAUUAAGCUUCCGUCGGCGACUGAGACGAACAUUACGCGGUUUGCCGAGACAAUUCUGCCUCCGCAUAUCAAGAAGUCGUUUGAGGCCGACUUUGUGCAGACCAAGCCGACGAUGGACGAUUACAUUUACAAGCUCCGACGGUGGCGCAACAAGUUCGAGGAGAAGCUCGACCGCCGAUCAACGCGCGUGUCCCUCGAGGCCUUCUCGCCGCAUCUCAGUGAGUUCCGGUACCAGCGAUUCGACGAUGUGGAGAUCCCCGGCCAGUAUCUGGAGCACAAGGACAAGAACCAGGAUUUCAUCCGCAUCGAGCGAUUCCUGCCAAACGUCGAGCUCGUGCGGUCCAUCAGUGCUUCAUACCGACGGCUCAAGAUCCGCGGCCACGAUGCGAGCGUGCACUCGUGGGCGGUGCAGCACCCGGCGGCGCGUCACUGCCGACGCGAGGAGCGCAUUCUGCAGCUCUUCCGGCAGCUCAACCAGACGCUCAACCGGCGCAAGGAGAGUCGGCGCCGUGACAUGCAGUUCACGCUGCCGCUGAUGGUGCCGCUGGCACCACACAUUCGCAUCGUGCAGGAGGACACGUCGUACAUCACGCUGCAAGGGGUGUACGAGGACCACUGCCGGCGCAACUCGAUGAAGAAGGACGACCCAGUGCUGUUCACGAUGGAGAAGUUGCGGGGUGUCCUGGACACAAAGAACGCGGUAUGUAUCCGCGGCGACGGGCAUCCAACGGACGCACGUACUGACCAAGCACAGAAACACGGAGAGCAGACGGCGACGGCGCGCCUCGAGGUGUUCAACGCGAUCCAGGAGAAGUGGGUGCCGCACACGUUGGCGCUCGAGUACUUCCAGAAGAUCUUCCCGAGCUUUACGGACUUUUGGCUGUUCCGCCGGCAGCUGUCGUACCAGAUGGCGGCGCUGACGUUCAUGACGUACAUCCUGUACAUGCACAACCGGUACCCGCAGAAGAUCAACAUUGCGCGGGCGUCGGGCAACAUUUGGGGCUCGGAGCUCAUGUCGUACAUGAGCGCGGGCAAGCCCUUCUUCCACAACCCGGAGCCGGUGCCGUUCCGUCUGACGCCGAACCUGCAGACGCUCAUGGGCCCGCUCGCGAUGGAGGGCAUCUUCAGCUGCUCGCUCAUGGCGAUCGCGCGGUGCCUGCUCGAGGGCGAGCACGAGCUGGAGAAUGCGCUGACGCUGUUUGUGCGGGACGAGAUGAUCUUCUGGUUCACGAGCUCGCACCGGGCCGUGCAGAUGACGGAGCACCAGCUGCGCGAGUCGGUGCAGGUCAACAGCGACUCGAUCGUCAAGCGGGCGACGAGCCUCGCGCAGAGCCCGGCGAGCAACCUGCCGGCCAACCAGACGGUCAUCGACCUCAUCGCCAAGGCGGUCAACCCGAUGAACCUCGCGCAGUGCGACGCCCUGUGGAUGCCGUAUCUGUAA